AUGCCCAGCUUAGAUCCCUCAGACUUGGCCUCCCUCUUCUCCCAACCCUCCUCAUCCACCUCCCUCACCUCCUACCUCCAAUCACUCUCCUCCGCUUCUCCUCUACCAGAACCUGAAAUCAAGUCAUACCCAGAUACGAUCUACCACAACUACUAUCCCCUCGGUCUUUCACUAGCAUUUCAUCCUGCUAAGGGACUCGACUCAAUAGACAUCUACAAUCCAUCACCUCAUCCUCAACCUAAACGAGCCAAUCAGAAACCAGCACCUGUAUAUUCCUCACCACCCGAGAUCAUACUCCAUUUUCCAACAGAUAGUAUGUCCCUCCCACCUAAGAAAGAAGGUGAAAAGCCCCUAUCCAUACCUCGACAGACCACAUUCAAGCUUCUGCCGAAUAGUACAGGAAGAGAUCUCGUAAGUCAUCUUGGAGAACCUACCAGGAAAGGAUCAGGGGGAUGGACAGGUCUAUGGUUAGAGUGGUCUUCAGUAGAGCUAAAGGGGAAGGAAGGGGAAGUAAAAGUCGGUAUAAUGGUUGAGUUGAGAGAUCCAGGUGCGAACGAACUUUUGACUGAAGAAGGGAGGAAGAAAGGUAUGGGAGGUGUUUGGGAAAGAGCUUCGAGGUGGGAAUGGAGUAAUAUCAAGUUCUUCAAAGUGGAUCAGUGA